GAGCAGUGCAACCCGGCGUUGCCGUCUCCGAGCCCGUCUUGCUAUCGCCAGGGCCGGAAACCGCGGUACGGGCGCUACGGUCGGCAGCCGACAGGAGAGAGACAUGGACGCCUUUCCGAGGGUUUCCGCCGGUAUGGUUCGUCUCGGUGGUGCAACCCGGCGUUGCCGCCUCCGAGCCCGUCUUGCUAUCGCCAGGGCCGGAAACCGCGGUACGGGCGCUACGGUCGGCAGCCGACAGGGAGGGAGACAUGGACGCCUUUCCGAGGGUUUCCGCCGGUAUGGUUCGUCUCGGUGGGUGUGUCAGAACGUAACUAG